AUGGCGGAAUUUAGCGCGGAAUGUAGUAGUGACAGCAAGGUUUUAACAGAGCAAAAUAGCGAUAAGGUCGAAGUUAUCGAAAGAAACAAAUCUGACAGCGUAAAGCUAAGAGAAGAAGAUGUACCAGGAGCAAUUUUACCUCGGGAAAUACCAGAAGAAUGCACCGUGAAACAGCUGCAGCGAUGGCUUCUUUGCCGUGGAGCUAAAACAACUGGAAAGAAAAUGCAGCUUGUUCAAAGGUAAGAAAGCUUUGAAAUUAUUCGAGAACUCUUAUUAUUGCCCCCUGUGCUUUACAUUACGAUGCUAGUCGACAAUUUUCUGAGAACAUCGUUAAUACGUUCGUGUUUUGUCUAUUGUGUUUCAGGGUAAAAGACUAUAUUGCUGGUGGCCUAAGCUCGAAGAUAAAGGACCCUGAUGGUGGAAUCCAUUUGGCUAAAGCUAAGGCAGACCUGGGACUCAUGGAAGAAAUUAACGCUAAAAAACUCAAAGAAAACUUUCCAGUGGACGGAUUUACAGAGGAUUUGAAUAUUUUACCUGCUAUAUCAUUUGGUACAAUAUGGAGGUACAUGAUUGAAGAGAGUGAUGCUAAGAAGCAAUUAUCCACAGCAAAACCUCUUGUCAAGGGAUACAAUUUUUUUAAAUCUGGCCAUGUCCUUAGCAUUAAAUGCAGGGAAUCUGACGGAAAGUUUUAUGUUAAAAGUCAAGUUCUUCCAUCAAUGAAAAAGACAGUGUUGUAUAAUUGCUUCAUUGUUUUCAACAAAGAUGGCAGUGUAGUAACAGCUUAUGAUGGUUGCCCAGCUGGAGUUGACGGGCGUUGCAACCAUGUAACUUCAACACUAUUUGCACUGGAGGAGUUCUUCAAACAAAGUAAAGCACUUGUAAAUCCUUCCUUAACCCCUGCACUUUCUUGCACUUCAAAGCCAUGUGCAUGGAAUGUCCCAAGAAAAAGAAAGAUUGACAAUCUGCCAAUUGCCAAAGCCAAAUUUAAAAAACAUCAACAUGGCAAACUAAGCAAGAGUGAGGAUAAAUCUCCUCCAUCAACAAGGGAUGUUAGAGCACCACACCAGCAGUACCCGAAUACAAACACUGACAUGUAUACAGGGUUCGCACGCGCCUUGAAAGUCCUUGAAAGUCCUUGA